UGCCUGGCUCUUCUGGGUCUUUCUCACUUGCUAUCUGUCUCUCUUUGGCUUAGCGUGGUCUGUUGUCUGCCCUUUGAGCCCCUUGGAGUUCUGUGGGGUGGAGCUUUCCCAGUUUUCUUUCCAAUAGUCCAGUUAAACUGUUGCUGGAGGAGUGUGUCUCACCCUAGUGUGUCAUCUAGGUUUUCUGAAAGCAAAUGAAACACUGCCUUACACUAACCUUGAGGCUAGCGGCAACAUUUCUACCUGAGGACCCUUAAUCCUGGUCUCUACUCUUCAAGGUAGGAGCUCAGACUUGGUCCAGGUACAGUAGGCAUGGCAGAAAAACUGGGACUUGGGGCUGCUAUAGAUGAGCCCAAUGCCUUGAAUAUUCUUACCCUACUGGAACGUGUGGCUGGGCUCAUUGACAAUGUACAGGCCUGCCAGCAGCGCAUGGAAGAGAGACAGCUGGAGUUGGAGAACACUGUAAAGACCAUCCAGGAAGAUGUAGUGAAGUUGACCAAGGAGCACACCAGUACCAGUGGUACGGUGGAAAAGCUAUUGGAGAAAACCCGAAAAGUUAGCUGCCACAUUAAGGAUGUCCGGGUCCGUGUGGAAAAGCAAAAUGUACGUGUCAAGAAGGUAGAGGAAACGCAGAGUGAGCUGCUCCAAAAAAACAAGUUCCGUGUGGUAAUAUACCAGGGUGAUUCUGAGGUCCCAGCAGUAGCAGGCAAAAAGGAAACUCCAAAAGGAGCAGCAGGUGGUGGGGAAUCUGUGGACCCAACUGAACCCGAGAUCGUAUAUCCUGACUCAGAUGAGGAAUACAUGGUUGUUGAAGAAGCUGACUCCACAGCAGCCAAGUUGAAGAAGACUGGCCUGAAGCGCAUCGAGAGUCUGAAGAAUACCUUUUCCCGUGAGAACAUGACCAAGACCAAGGAGAAUCUGGGAACCAAGGUUAACAAACUAGGUGAGCGCAUUGUUCCAGCUGAGCGCCGUGAGAAGAUCCGCCAGUCAGGUGAACGCCUGAAGGAAACCAUAACCAAGAACGUCCCAGCAAAGUUAAACCUGAAAAAGGAGAGGACUGUGGCUGAGGGUCAGGAAGGGGCUGAGGGUACGACAGAGGUUGUGGCGCCCAUUCCACCACCCAAGGGGCGCAAACCCACUCCACAUGUAGCUUACACAGAGCCCACACCAAAGAAGGAAGGAGCAGAAGCAGGCAAAGGAGCUGAGCCAGAAGUGCCAAUGUAUGACAUGAAGGAGCUUUCAUAAAUGACAAGUCAGUGGAAUUGGAGAAAUAUCUGGAGGUUUGAGUCAUGUUUAAGAAAUUUACAGUUCCUGAUCGGAAGGCUAUUGAUGGACACAAGUCUAGCACCCGGUGGUCAAAACUCGGGCCAGUCACACAGACCUAGCAGGCCUCGUGCCAAAAUAUUAUGGCUGGUUGGUAACCUUGAAGGAAUGAAUAAGGGAAGUCACUUGACAUAAAUAUCGUUUUUAGCUAUUUUUACACUCUCUCUCUCACUUGGAUUAAUAAUGGAUGUUUAAUGAUUUAGCAGGAAUAAAGUCAGAACAAAUGUGAGUGAGAUUAUUCCUAACCCACUCUAGUGUUUAAAUAUUAGAUUAUAAAAUGUUAUUUAAGAUUUUGCAUGCAGCAUUAUGUAUGUGUUAUUUAUGUGUAAUGUGCUACAGCAUUGUACUUUUAUUAACCUUGAUGAUCUCAUCUAGCAAUUUGAAAUAAACAAAGUCAAAUCAA